UUUAUAGUUUGAUUCUGCAAGAAGCUUGUUCAAAGAAGUUAUGGCAUGUGUUCACAAGUUCCUACUUCAUGGACAUUUUUGGUGUAAUGUUAAGUCUUAUAACAUUUCCAGUGAGCUAAACGGAAUAAAGAAGUAAAUGUUGCGUCGCAUAGCUAACAGUUAACCUUUUAUAAAGGUGUUCUUCUUGAUGGCUCAGUUCCGAUUCCGUUUAAUUAAAGUUACAAAUACCUUGGACUAAAUAAACAUCUGUCUGUGCGUUUUUUCGGCUUAGUAAUUUUGUUAAACUUUCAUUUUUGUAAAACUAAAGUGAACUUAAUAAAUGGUGAGAUAAAACGAAAAUGUCUUUGCAUGUGGAAUAUUACCAAAUGAAUUACUCCUCCGCAAAUGAGUCCAGCAUUGACUACGGAUACAUUGACCCGGAUAACUUGUGGGCAGACGUACUGGACGACUUCAAAAAGAGCCAGCUCACCCUGCACGAACCGGUCACAAUAAUAUUGCUCAUAUUAUAUGUGCCUAUCUUCGUGACGUCAUUGGUGGGCAACAUCCUCGUGCUGCUUGUGAUUGUACCCAACCAGCGCAUGUGGACCGUCACCAACAAUUUCCUCGUCAACCUUGCAGUGGCAGACCUGCUUGUGACGGUACUGUGCAUGCCGAUGACGAUGGCUGGAAAGGUGUACAAACUGUGGGUUUAUGGAGAUGUCUUAUGCAAAAUGACGCCUUACUUACAAGGUGUUUCCGUGACAACUAGCACAUUUACAAUAACUGCGAUGAGCUUGGACAGAUGCUUAGCAAUACUGUAUCCGGUUAAGUUCCGGAACCUCCGCACCAAGCGUAAUGUCCGAACGCUGAUCGUCCUUGUCUGGUUGACUUCAUUUCUACUGAUGAUACCAUUGCUCUUCGUUAAUAAAACAAAGACACAGACCGUGUUCAAUAACUUCAAGAUAGUGAUUUGUUCUGAAGAAUGGACAUCGGUGUAUCAGCGACGAGCGUAUGACUUCAGUUUAUUAUUCAUCGUGUGCUUAAUUCCUGCUCAAAUUGUGUUCGUGUCUUAUAUUUUAAUGGGCAAACGCCUCUGGGUGACAGACUCUGCUUUAAAAGCAAACACAAGUUCUAAAGCUGUUGGCAGUACUCGCGGUUCAAGCCACGGUCCGUAUGACUCUGUGAGAGCCAGUCGGAGAAGAACUGCUAAAAUGUGUAUUGUAGUUUCUGUAGUAUUUGUAGUCUGCUGGCUUCCUUAUUACACUGUGAACAUUUAUUUGGACUUCAAACGUGAUGAGGGAUUACUGGACAUCGUGUACUGGGGAUUAUUUAUCGGUCAUCUCCAUUGUAUUACCAAUCCAAUAUUAUAUUGCUUUAUGCACAAAACAUUUCGCUAUUGCGUCAAAAGAAUGUUGCCUUGCUGGAGGAAAUCCUUCGUCAGAACGCCAUCUGGAUAUGGCACCAAUGCCGGGAACAGAAUGGGCAGUCUGGUGACCAGUACUCGACGGGCGUGUCCGGCCGGCGAGCGAACCCACGCGCGACUCAGCCAGUCAUGCAGUGCCAGCUCCAGUACAUCGACGGCCACCCAGCCAGAAACCUCCCCCGUGCAUGGACAGGACAUCAAACCACCGCCUAGAAGAGUGCGGCUCAUACUUAUGAAACUAAAGCGACGGAGGCUUUGUAAAGAAUCUAGCAAUGAUUCAUUUAAGCUUGUUGAUAUACCAAGCUCGAUAACCGAGGAAGCACCUAUUGAAACAGUUACUUAACUGUGAUAUACUUAUCUGUGUAAUGAUGUAUCAUUAUGUAUUAUUAUUUUGUUUUAAAUUUCAAAAGCAAACUUAUAUUUAUGCAUUUUUACAUUUUUAAUGUCUGCACAUAUUGAGAUAAUUCGAUUUAUGAAUUUAGAAAAAUAUCAGAAUAAUAAACCCAUCAUGAAGAGAUAAUUAG